AGGCAUCAAGAGGGGGGAGGUGUACAUGCAGUGCAGUGUGAGUAUGUGUUGUUUUUAACAGGGAGGUAGGAGGAGAGGAGAAGGAGGAGGAUGGGGUGCUUCCUCUUCAGUCUGGGCUAAGCUGCUGAUGUAUCCCAGCAGCCCCUGUACAUAGCAACAGGAAACCUUGGUAUAAAAAGCUGCGUCGCAGGGGGAACCCUCCUAAGUGUCUCUCAGCCGCAGCAUGACCAGGACCCAGAGCCUGAGAGUGUGGACUUAACAACACAAUGCCCAGCCUAAUCGACGAACCACAACACUUCAUCAUGGACCAAGAUGACAGGAAGACAAACAAGAACAUCGGAAAGAACUUUAUGUGCCGACUGCAGUGCAUGUUCUCACACUCAUCAAGCUCCGAGAGCAGGCUAAGUUUAGAAGAUACCCAACAAUGGUCACAGUCACUGGAAAGGCUUCUCGAUUCUAAAUAUGGAUUGGCCACUUUUCGCAACUUUCUCAAAUCUGAGUACAGCGAUGAGAAUAUUGAGUUCUGGCUCACCUGUGAGGACUACAAGAAAAUCAAGUCUUCAUUCAGAAUGUCCUCAAGAGCCAAGAAGAUUCAUGAGCAGUUCAUCAAAGCAGAAUCUCCUAAAGAGAUCAACAUUGACUAUCACACCCGAGAGCAGAUCAAAAGGAACGUCAAGACUCCCACCAUGCACUGCUUUGACGAUGCUCAGAAGAUAGUUUACGGGCUGAUGGAAAGAGACUCGUACCCGCGGUUCCUCCGCUCGGACAUUUAUAGAACUCUGCUGGAAAACCUCUCCGCCGACGCCACAAAGGGAUGAAUACUCGGUCAAGGGGAGAAGAAGAGAACGGACUUAAAAACCCAUAACUGGAAAUGUUUGAGCUCCUUCAGGAGGAAGGGCCAACAACAAAGAAGGGAGAAGGGUUGAACACCGCGUGCCACACGAACACAUGCAGAGGCUUUGGCGUUGCCACAGAAGUAAAUGGCUCCUUAUCAUCUGAGGACUGUGUUACAAAAAGAAGCAGCAAGCAGCCUUAACAAUUAUGACCCUGCAGUGUGUGUUUGCACUGGAUGAUAAGUCUGUGUACGCAGAGGAAUUGAACUCUUUUGACAAUGAAUGAAUCAGUGAGGCCAUGAUGCCCGCUUUGACUGUGGAGCUGCGUCAGCAAACUGUGCAGCGGACCUCCUUUGGCCUUCUUUGCGGAGGUGUUUCCUGUGCAGAUUCAGAUAGAGGAUGUGAGAUGCACCGGUCACACUCCAUUAGUUGAGUGUUUGUAUCUGAGGGAGUGGAAGUGAGUAUUUAGCUGAGUGUUUAACUGCCACUGACACAGGAUGAGCUGUCCCAAAAAGAAAUUAGACCGAUUAUCUAAUGACAGCACUAAGGGAGACAACAAAUCCAAAGCGGACAGUCAGUGGUGAUCUGUCAUCCUUUAGUAAAGGGUUGCAGAAGGCCACUUAGUUCUGCAAGAGGCAUUCUGGGAUACUUUAAAAGGAAGACUUUUUUUUAGAUUGGACAGAUAUGGGGUUUAAAAUUGAUACAGACUUUAUUUUCUUUAUAUUUAAGCUGCCUAUCAUUUAUUAAUAUAAUAGAAAAAAUAGAAAUCCAAAACAAAUAUAUAUUUUGUAUGCUAACAAACGUAAUCAUGCACAUUAUUUGUGUGGAAUCUCAACAAAAUUCUGCACUACAGAAACUAAGAAGUUCCCUUUUACAGCCAGUGGUUUCUAAUUUACUUCCUCAGCACACGACUACUGGUCGUUCUCUUAGUCUAAACCAAAUUCUUACAGCACUGACGUGUCAAGAGUUGUGAUUUAAUGUAAUAAACUACUUGAGUUGAAUUAUUAUAGAGAUUGGAUGUUUCACCUUGCAUGAUGGGAUGUUAAAUCCUCUUGUAUAGCCUGCGAAUAUGCUUAUUGUUGCCUUUCAAAGCACGUUGUUUGAAUGUAUUCUUAGGAGAUACUAGUUAAUUGAACUUAAAAGUCAAGCAAUGGUUUAUUUAUUGUUAAAUGUCACUAUUUGAGUACAAUGUUUGUUGCCGUGUUGAAGUGCUUGUUAAAAUGUUAGUGAUUUGAACUAAAUUAAAUUAUUUAGGUUUCUUUCUUGGAACUGUGA